AUUUUUAGAAUGCACAACCUACAUUCGGUUUACAUGGGAUUUCAUUCAGCAAAUUGACACAGACGUUUGAGGUUGAAUUUCUAGUUUGCUGUUCAAAUUCUGUUAAAGGAACGUGGGACUACUAUUUCAUUCAUCGAUAUAGAUUGCUGUGCUUCUCUGAAUCGAGUGAUCAGAAACCUUGGUGAUUGGACUAACUAGCUAUGUCUACCAGUAUAGAACAGCUGGGACAAAUGUCUCAAAAUAGACAAGAAAGAUUAUCAACGUCUGAGGACUUGGACCUCUUGUUUGACGGCAAAGAUCCGAUCCUCUCAGAUGAGAUGAUCUUCAGUUUAGACAUGAUUCAAGACUGCCAAGCCCAAGAUGGAGGUCUGUCUUUCUCAAACUCUUUUGACUUGACUGAUACUGAUAUUCUUGAGGGCCUGAUGACGGCCGAGGAGACAGAGACAAGCGUCCAUUCCGUCCCUUCCCCAGACUUCCACCUCAGAUCGCCCCAAAACAGUGACAGUGGCAUUUCAGACGACCAGAGGUCACCCGCCAGCAGCCAUGAUGGUGAUGGUCAUGUGACCGAUGACCUGACCCUUGACAUGGUGGACAUGUCCACUUUCCUGGUGGGUUCAGAUGCGAUGUUGACCACGGACACCGUGUCCUCUACGACCGUAGAUAGCAUCAGCGCCAGCAUGGGUAGUCCAGAUAGCUUCACAGAUGCAGCUUUUACCAGCUCGCUCUCGUCAUCCCCUACCAGUACCAGUAAGAACAUCUUGCCAAUGACACAGAAAGACGUUUCAAGCUCAGAAAAGCUUCACCCAAUGCUUGUCUUGACUGACGAGGAGAAGAGAUUAUUGAAAGAAAUGAGCGUCACUCUCCCGACAGAUGUUCCUCUUACGAAGGAGGAGGAGAGGAGUCUGAAGACGGUGAGGAGAAAGAUCCGCAACAAGGCGUCGGCCCAAGAGAGUAGGAAGAAGAAGAAAGAAUAUGUGGAUGGCCUGGAGCAUAGGGUCUCAAUGUGUACCAAGCAGAACAGAGAGCUACAGAAGAGGGUCCAGGAACUGGAGACAAACAAUCAAUCACUUCUUAGCCAGCUUAGAAAACUUCAGAACCUUGUUGCCAAGACCACAAGUAAAACAGCACAGGCCAGUACAUGUAUUAUGGUUCUGUUGAUGUCCUUUGCGCUGUUGGUAGCACCAAGGUACAACCCAUUCAAUGGAGAUUCAGCCGACCUCGGCUCCUCUCCUGUCAAAGGAUCAUCACGUACACUCAUGAACAUCCAGGAACCCACCGAGUUUCCGAUGAGUGAAGACAUCCCACAGAGUCAUUCGCCGAAGAUCUUCGUUAGCUCACGCAACGCGCUAAACACAUCACCUGCUUUUGACAAUGAUGAGCUUAUGGAAGAAAAGCACGGAAUGAAGGACUCUGAGAUUUAUCUAUCGCCGGUAGCCUUGGAAACGGAAGAACGUGCGAACAGAUCGGACGUGCAUACAGUGGAGCUGGAAGCACAGCAAAGUCAACAUUCGGAAAACCAGGUGGAUCAUUACACGACAACGGUUGCUAAGAGAAAAAUACAUGUGGUCAAUGACGAGAUGUAGCCCUUGAAAGCCGAAUGAAACAUUUGAGACUUUCUGAUAUUGACAGCUAGAUGAAACUAUCAUGUAAGUUUUACACGGCAGGACAAAAUAAACUUCACUGGAUAGGACUUGCCAAAAAACCAUAUUCCAUGAAGGUUUUAACAUUUGUUAACAUGUACUUUCACACAUUCAAGAUUGUUUGAGGAAGGAUUCUUUGUGAUAAUCCAUGAUUUUCUGGGCCCCGUCUUACAAAGAGUCACGAUUGAUCCAAUCAAUCGUAACUCUAUGGAAAUCCAUCAGUGUCAUAU